AUGUCUGCCACCAAUGAAUACACCCAGCCUCAUGUGUCGGCUACAGGCUACUUAGACGAUGGUGACCCCGUCUACGAGUGUCAAUUUUGUGGUGCCUUACUCUGGAUUGGCGAGCGCCUCAAGCGUUGCUCUUCUUCUGAAUACCCGCUUUUCUCAACCUGCUGUUGUCACGGCAAGGUUGUUGUGCCUUACCUUCAAACCCCACCAGAACAAUUCCGGCAGCUUUUCUUCCAGAAAGAACAUCCAAAAUCUAAAAACUUCUUGGCCAACAUAAGAGCAUACAACAAUAUGUUUUGCUUCACUUCCAUGGGAGGAAAGAUUGACCAUUCCCUCAACUCUCGCGGAGGUGGCCCCUACUCCUUUAUCAUGUCCGGCCAAAACUAUCAUCUCUUGGGAAGCUUAUUGCCACCUGAAGGAUGCCCUCCUGUGUACUCACAGCUCUAUAUUUAUGACACGGACAAUGAAAUAAGAAACCGGAUGGCGGCGAUCAGGCACCAUCCAGACAAAUCAGGUGUUGACGAAGCCAUUGCUAUGGACAUUAAAGAUUGCCUCGACCAGCAUAAUGCCCUGGUCAAGAAAUACCGUAUGGCAUCGGAAAUCCUUCGCCAAGACAACACUGCCGAAGUCAGGAUACGCCUCCUCAGAGAAUCAACCAAUAGAAGCAGAAAUUACGAGCUACCAACGGCGUCGGAGGUAGCCGCGUUGAUAGUCGAAGAUUUUGAUGAGUCAUAUUCCAACAGAGACAUAAUCAUAGAAAAGAAAGCAGGCUCCUUGAAGCGCGUCCAUGAAUUACACAGGUCAUACUUGCCUCUUCAAUAUCCCCUCAUCUUCCACUAUGGCAAUAACGGAUUCAUACCGAAGACGAAACAUAACGAUGCAUCUCUUAUUAGCACUAGGAAGAAAAAGUACCUCACAAUAAGAGAGUACCUAGCUUUCAGACUGAUGGACAGAAAUAUAGAGGAGUCUGUGUUACUGCACUCAAAGAGGUUAUUACAGCAAUUCAUCGUAGACGGCUUCACAAUGGUUGAGAGUGAGAGGCUCGACUACAUAAGGAGACACCAGAGAGAGCUCAGGGUUGACCUAUACAAAGGACUUGCUGACGCAAUAACAAGGGGUGAGACAGAUGCGUCCAACACAGGAAAGAGGAUAAUCCUACCUUCUUCUUUUACCGGAGGUGCUAGAUACAUGAUCCAUAACUACCGGGAUGCAAUGGCCAUAUGCAGAUGGGCAGGAUACCCCGACAUCUUCUUGACCUUUACUUGCAAUCCGGCAUGGCCUGAGAUAACAAGAUUCUGCAAGAAAUACAACCUCAGCCCAUCUGAUCGACCCGACAUCUUGACGAGGAUGUUCAACCUCAAACUUGCAGCACUGAUGAAAUGCAUUAAGGAGCAAAAAAUAUUCGGCACAAUCAAAGCAGAGAUAUAUACAAUUGAGUUCCAGAAGCGGGGGCUGCCGCACGCACACAUUAUUUUGUUCAUAGAGCCGUGUGACAAACCCAAGACAGCUGAGGAUGUCGACAGAAUCAUCUCAGCAGAGAUACCUGACAAGGAUGCAGACCCGGUGCUAUUUGAGCUUGUCACCAAUUUCAUGAUGCACGGGCCCUGUGGCUGCUCCAAUCAGAAAUCACCUUGCAUGAAAGAUGGAAAGUGCUCAAAGUACUUCCCAAGAAGAUAUGCGCCACACACAACAAUAGAUGACGAUGGGUACCCCACAUACCGUAGGAGGAACAAUGGCAGAACAACUGUGAAGAGAGGAAUUCAGUUGGACAACAGAUAUGUCGUGCCGUACAAUGCUCAACUAUUACGGCUGUUCCAGGGCCACUUAAAUGUCGAGAAGACAAACCAAUCGAGGGCUAUCAAGUAUUUGUUCAAAUACAUCAGCAAGGGCCACGACCGUGUUAUAGCAGGUAUCUACCACAAUGAUGAGCCCGGAACCUCACGACCCGAUUUCGAUGAGAUCUCACAUUACCUUAACUGCAGAUACAUCUCAGCCUGUGAGGGCACAUGGCGAAUAUUCUCAUUCAACAUCCACCACAGGUACCCUUCUGUCGAGAGAUUGAGCUUCCAUCUACCAGAUCAACAGGCUGUUUUUUACACGGCCAACGACGAAAUGCCUUCACUGAUUGACAGGCCACGGAAGAGGGAGUGGAGGCUACGCCAGAGAGGCUUCUCUGUCGGGAGAUUGGCUCACGUAUCGCCAUCGCAGGGUGAGGCUUACUACCUCCGGGUCCUGCUGACUAAGACGAGAGGGCCCUUUAGCUACAAAGACAUUAGGACAGUAGACAACGUCGUCCAGCCAACAUUCAGGGCGGCAUGCUAUGCGCUAGGGUUGCUUCACGAUGAUCAAGAGUACAUCAACGCAGUAAAAGAGGCAGCAUUCUGGGCUACAGAAAUAUCAAUCACCGACUCAGAUAGGGAGGAGGCUGGACUUAUUGAGAUUCAGAGGCUGCUCCUUAAGAAUGGUAGGUCACUGGACGACUACCCAUCGCUGCCAAAACCAAGCUCCACUGAAUUCUUGGACACAACAAACAACUUGCUACUCCAGGAACUCAGCUACGAUAGAGAUGCUUGUGCAGCAGACGCCGUAAGGUUAGCAGCAUCACUAACAGAUGAGCAAAGAAAGAUAUUCCACGAAGUCCUUGAUGCGGUCAGUAGGAACACCGGCGGGUUCUACUUCAUCUAUGGUUACGGGGGCACUGGCAAGACUUUCCUAUGGAACGCCCUGACCGUGGCUGUACGAGCAAAUGGCGGUGUGGUCAUCAACGUCGCAUCGAGCGGAAUAGCAGCGACUCUAUUGCCCUCAGGAAGGACUGCUCAUUCGAGAUUCGCGAUCCCUAUCGACAUAAAUGAGGACUCCACAUGUAAUAUUAGCCACGGUUCUCCUGUGUCUCAUUUACUGCGGUCCGCAAAAUUAAUCAUCUGGGACGAGGCGCCAAUGAUAAAACGGCAUUGUGUGGAGGCUGUAGAUCGAUCAUUGAAGGAUAUAAUGAGGUGCGACCUCCCAUUCGGUGGCAAGUGCAUCGUCAUGGGGGGCGAUUUCAGGCAGAUCUUACCUGUCAUGCCGAAGGGAUUCCGUACAGACAUUAUAAACGCAGCUAUAAACUCGUCCGCUCUUUGGCCGGCGUGCAAGCUGUUCAGGCUCACUAAAAACAUGCGCCUGCAGUUAGCAUCUGAGGCAGUAGACCAGAAAAAGGUCAGUGGAUUCUCCAGAUGGUUGCUUGAUGUCGGUGAUGGUACAAUUGGACUGCCCCAUGAGGGCAUGACAGACAUUGAGAUCCCGGCCGAUUUCCUCAUCACCGACUCCCUUGACCCUAUCAACUCCAUAGUCUCAUCUACAUAUCCUGCACUCCAACAGAACAUCACACAUCCAAACUACCUCACAGAAAGGGCGAUUUUAGCCCCCACAACCGAUGUCGUCGACAAGAUAAAUGAUUACAUGCUGUCGCUCCUCCCUGGAGACUCCGUUCAUUAUCUCAGCUCUGACUCCAUCUCUAGCACCGAUCAGGAUAGCAGCUCAUUCCAGGAUCUAUACUCCCCGGAAUUCCUGAACACAAUAAAUUGCUCUGGAUGCCACCCCAUAAGCUCUCUUUGA